AUGCUGACCAGAGUCAUAGGUGGUGGUCGGCUUGCGGACGCAAAGACUAAGGGUGAUCGAAACACAGGCCAGACGAUCAUUUUGGUCGGCCUCUUUAUCCAAGUCGCAUUCUUUGGCCUCUUCAUAAUAGUCACAUGUAUCUUCCACUACCGUAUUGUCCAAAAGCCUACGGCACGCACAUACAGUCUGACGGUGCCCUGGCGCGGAUUUCUCAAGGCCCUGUAUGCUGCGAGCGUCUUGAUCAUGAUCCGAUCUAUCUUUCGAGUCAUCGAGUAUAUCAUGGGCAAGGACGGCGAGCUCCAGUCCAAGGAGGUCUACCUUUACAUAUUCGAUGCUUUAUUGAUGUUCAGUGUUGCCGCACUUUUCAAUGCUUUGCAUCCAAGCAGAAUCAUCUCGAGUCAUAGGAAACUUGUCAACCCAUUCUCGGACUCUGAGAGCCAGAGCGACGAAUAUCAUAUGAGCCGGGUCGACGGGGAUAGAGAAGUCCAUACCAUGGGUUACGUCCAAUAA